CAUCUUCAGGAUGGACAUUUUCCUUCUCUGUGUGUUCCUACCUCCGGUGACUGUGGCAUGGGGCCAGUACAGUGACUAUUACUAUGGUCCCUAUAAUUAUGGAGAUAAUGAUGAAUGGGUCAAUGUGUACCGGCAAGGUUUCAACUUUCAGUGCCCACACGGGCAGGUGAUCGUGGCCGUCAGAAGUGUCUUCAGCAAGAAGGAAGGCUCUGACAGACUGUGGAACUAUGCCUGCAUGCCAGCAUCCCAGAGCCUCGGUGAGCCGACAGAGUGCUGGUGGGAAGAGAUCAACAGGGCAGGAACUGAAUGGUAUCAAACCUGCUCAAACAAUGGGCUGGUGGCUGGUUUCCAGAGUCAGUAUUUUCCAUCGGUGCUGGACCGUGAAUGGCAAUUUUACUGCUGCCGCUAUAGCCGGAGAUGCCCAUAUUCCUGCUGGUUAACAACAGAAUAUCCAGGCCACUAUGGAGAAGAUAUGGACAUGAUGAUGUACACUUACGACUAUUACAUCCGUGGGGCAACCACGACUUUCUCUGCUGUACACAGGGAUCGUCAGUGGAAGUUCAUUGUCUGCAGGAUGACAGACUAUGACUGCCCAUUUCAAAAUGUUUAAAAAGAUAGAGUGUAAUUCACUUGGAAAUCUUGGGGACAGACAGGGUGGGAUGAGGAUUAGUGAUUACAGUAGAAGGUCAGUUAGGCUCACAAAAAGGUACCAAGACUCAUCAGCUGUCUGCUGAAGACAUAAUUCUUUCCCUCUGGAGCUAAUACAUAAAUUGCCAGCCCACAUGCAUUC